UCUCCGUCAUAUUGGCCUUUCCAUCCAGUGCCUCAAGUCGUGUUCUAGAAUUCUCUAUUCUGCAAUUCUCUUAUUUAAAGAGCUAGAGUUUAGAGUUAUUUAGAUAAGUCUGCCAAUUAACAAGGAGGACUUUUGUUUUGGAUGGAGAUGUUUGAAUAAAUUAGCAUUAUGGCAGGAGGCAAGUUUGACCAUCCAGCACGUAAACUUCAUGCACAAGAUGUUUUAUCAUUAGAGAACAGAGGUGGUGCGUGGAGCUACAGUAAGGCUGGAUUAAAUUUCACUGUGUCAUUAGUGUGGGUUCAAGGAAAGGUGGUAUCUUUCACUGAGGACAAGAAGCAGGUAAUCUUGCAAGAUGGAAAUACCAAUGUCAGUAUUACAAACUGUCAUACCAUUCCUGGUGGAAAUGCCUGGAUUUCACAAGGCCAGUACGUGAUGGUAGUAGGUGAAAUGCAAGAGGAAUUAGAUGGCACAAACGCCAUCCGUGCAAUCAAGAUGGCUGACUUAUCUUCCAAUAGUGUACACGCAGCCACUUGGAAGAAUGAAGUUGCUGAAAUCAAGGCCUUAAUGCGCGAAAAUGCAAGCUUGUGCUCCUGAUGGCUUCCUGAAUAUAGAAGGCUACUGAGAGCUAGAUACUGAAACCAUGAGGAUUUUUCUUCUUCUUCUUUUUCAAAGUUUGUUAUAGAGCUACAUUGCUCUUGUUACAAUUUCUUACUCUCUGGUAAAUGCAUAAUACACUGAAUUGUAAAAAUUUAAACUUUGUAAACAGAUUUUUUACAAAUAAAAAUAAUUUGAAUGAGAUAUUAUUGAAAAACCUUUUACAUAAUAAAAAUGUUUAUUUCAAAAUGUU